AUGAGAUAUCGUCGUUCUGAAGGAUAUAGCACGUUUGAAACAUCGUAUUCAACAAAUGCACCACACACUAAAGUCAAGUCGAGUAAAUUUCUUAGGAACGUACGGUAUCAUGGCGAAGUCAGUUUGGGAACACCCGAUCAAAAGUUUCUGAUGCUAUUUGAUACGAGCUCGUCAGAUAGUUGGGUAACGUGCUCUGCAUGCGGUAACGGUCAAAAUUUCCUUGAUUGUUCAGUACAUCGAUUUUUUCGUUGCGACAGUUCGACGACGUGUUUUGCACCAAAUGAAACGGAAUUUCAGAAAGUUUAUUCAAAUGUAGAAAUUAAUGGUUAUAUGGUCGAGGAUAUCAUUUGCUUUGGGAACGAUACGCUACGAAGAUUCUGUACGAGUAGGAACCAACGAUUCGGAUGUGUCACCGAGGAACCAUCUUUGCUAACGUCUUUACCAUAUUUUGGUGUUAUCGGAUUGGGCUGGGAUGCUGGUGAGUCAGAGGAAGCGACACCAACUCAACUCAAAAUACCUACAUUGCUACAAUCGAUCUUCUCGGCUUCAUCGUGUCACGACCCGAUUAUCGCGUUUUGGUUGAAUCGAACUGAACAGCAACCUUCUGAUGGUGAAAUUGCUAUGUGUGGAAUCAACGAUGCUUUGCAUAAGGGACCAUUUCUUUGGUGUUCAAUAGUUGAAAACCAAGUAAAUUAUUGGAGUCUAGCACUUGAUUCGAUGGCGGUCAUUAGCUUAACGAUCGCUGAGAAGGGUAUCGCAUCAAUUGAUACGUCUUCGCCGUAUAUUUCUGGACCAAUUGAAAACAUCGAUUUUUUGGCCACAAUUUUGGGUGCACAAAUCGUGAACGGUACAUAUGUGAUAGACUGUGCUCAAGGUCUCUAUAUGCCUCCAAUAACGUUUUAUAUCAACGCAACAGCUUUGAGUAUAGCGUCUGAUGAAUACAUUAUUAAGCUAUCAACACAACAGAACCAUCGUGGAUUCUCGGAUGGCCGUUCAUUGGCCACUUUUAUACAGCAUUCGAUUAUCGCAAUCGACGAAUCGGUUUCUCACAAGCCGUGUGAUGAAUAA